GUACGGCUAGUACAAAUGAUUUUCGGUUGAUGCUUGUAAUUAGUUUGGCGAAUGACACUUAUGAAUGGAUUAAUAGUAAUGGCACAAUACCACUAAUUCAAAAUCCAAAUGAAUCUCCACCUCCGCAAAAUGGCACUAAACAUAACA